AUGAAGGCGCUCCUGUUCGCCGUGCUGGCCGCGGUGCUGUGCGUGGAGAGAGCCCACACGCUCAUCUGCUUUUCCUGCUCGGAUGCCUCCUCCAACUGGGCCUGCCUGACGCCUGUCAAGUGUGGAGAGAAUGAAAACCACUGCGUGACGACCUACGUCGGAGUGGGACUCGGCGGCAAAUCCGGCCAGUCCAUCUCCAAGGGAUGCUCUCCCAUCUGCCCCAGCGCUGGGAUCAACCUGGGAAUAGCGGCCGCCUCCGUUUACUGCUGCGACUCCUUCCUCUGCAACAUCAGCGGUUCCAGCAGCGUCCGAGCCAGUUCCACGAUCCUGGCCUUGGGAAUUCUCAUCAGCCUCCUCUACGUCCUCCAGGCUCGCCAGUGAUGGGGCUGCCUGAGGAAGAGCCACCUCCCACGGGUCUCGUUAGCCAAUAUCUUCUCUGUUGCUGUCUGCAAGGAGAUCCUCUACUUCUCAGCAGGCUUCCAAGGUGAUUGUUUCCCAGACUUUUUGCUCUUCCAAGUGUUGGAGACCUGGGCGAUUUGGCCGAGCUGUUCUCCUCCUGUGGACCUCUCCCGCUGCACUCUCGCUCCUCCUUUGCCAAGGUGGAUAAUUUUGGAAGGGUUUCUGCUUUUUCUACCUAUUAAUAACACCUCCUCACCUCCCCCCUCAUUUCUAAGGUUGGUUAAACCAGGCUGGGACUCGCUGAGAACAGAAUCACCCCAAGCACCGCCAGGUCUGCUCCAGCACAUGGGUGGCACAGGCAGUGGGAAUGCAGGAUCCAAAAGGAGACACA